AUGUCCGGCACCGCCACUCCUCCCCCGUCCUCAACAGGCUCCGUGAAACUGGAUGCCGUGAAGCAGGCUGUUCAAGCCAAUGAACCUCAGAAAAUUUCCGGCGCGGCUCUGUACUCACGGUUUGCUUUCGCUGGCGCCGUCUGCUGUGCUGUCACUCACGGUGCUUUCACUCCCGUUGAUGUCGUCAAAACCCGCAUCCAACUCGAUCCCGCCAAAUACAAUCGCGGCCUCAUCGGUGGGUUCCGUCAAGUCAUUGGAGCCGAGGGUUUCGGAGCCGUCUGGACUGGUGUCGGCCCGACCUUCGCUGGAUAUUUCCUUCAGGGCUCGUUGAAGUUUGGAGGAUACGAAUUCUUCAAGCAACAAUGGAUCAACCAACUUGGAUUGGAGACCGCAUCCAACAACCGAACCGCCGUCUACCUCGCCUCGGCGGCCACCGCUGAGUUCUUCGCCGACAUUGCUCUGUGCCCUCUGGAAGCCACCCGUAUCCGUAUGGUCUCCGAACCGGGUUUCGCCAACGGUUUGGUCGGUGGUUUCAGCAAGAUCUUGAAGAAUGAAGGUAUCGGUGCUUUCUACUCGGGCUUCGGUCCCAUCCUCUUCAAACAGGUCCCCUACACAAUGGCCAAAUUCGUCGUUUUCGAGAAAGUCUCCGAGGCGAUCUUCAACGUUUAUGACAAGAACAGCAUGUCUGGUGGCCAGCAGACGACCGCCAAUCUUGGCGCUGGUCUCAUCGCUGGUUUCGCCGCCGCGCUCAUCUCCCAACCCGCCGAUACCAUGCUCAGCAAGAUCAACAAGUCCAAGGGCCUUCCCGGUGAGGGCACCAUGAGCCGACUCGUCAAGAUUGGACGUGAGCUUGGUAUCCGUGGAUCGUAUGCCGGUAUCGGUGCUCGUCUGUUCAUGGUUGGUGGUCUGACUGCUGGACAAUUCGCCAUCUACGGUGACAUCAAGAAGGCCCUCGGAGCGACCGGUGGUGUCGAAAUCGCGAAAUAG